GCCCAACAACAGCAAGCAACAGACAGCAAGCGCAGUCAUGACUGACAUUGCAAUCAACUUGGCCAGCAAUGCUGUGUGGGCCACCAUGGUGGAGCUGCCAAAGGUUGGCCUCCUCCUGCCCCUUGAGAACAUGAAGCUGUGGUUUGCGUGUUCCAGUGACCUCAAGGUCCCCGGCAUCAACUUCAGCAGCAUGGGCGCGCUCAUCAAGAGCCUCAGACAAACUGUCUCGGUGCGUGCACUUUGGCGAGCGAGCUUUGCAUUUGCUCUCCACGACCUGGCGCUGCAGUCCCUUGUGCCUCGCGUGACCUCUGUUGUCACAGACCUGGUGACCAUAAUCGCCGGUCGGGGCCAAAAUGACAGUCGACAGGCGAAGCCGCUGAGCGGGUGGCAGCGCUUCCUGGCGUCUGUGACCAUUGGCACGACCUCCUUCUUCGUCUCCAGUCUGAUUGCCUUGCCCCUGCAAUCGGCCUUUGUCCACCUCUCCACAGACAUCCUCUCCACAGCAACAUACUCGUCGCUUCCCUCGUUCUUCCUCACGAUGGUCCGUGAGCACGGCGUGUCGUCGCUGUUUCGUGGGUGGCAGGUGCUGCUUGCCCGCUCCUUUGUCCUCAGUCUACUCCGGUUUGCCAUCCGCAGCAACAUCCAACCCCCCCGCGAUCCGCUGAUGUCUGGCGUGUUUGUGUUUGGCAUCCUGUCCGGCCCCGAUGUGGUUCUCGUGCCCUUUGACGCCCUCCUGCAACGUGUCAUCAUUGGUCCCAAGACGGUGUCUGGGUGGGCGUGGUGCAGCCACUUGCUCACGACCAAGUGCCCGGUGCGGCUGUAUGACAGCUUCUCGACGGUGCUCGUCAUCAACGCCAUCAACGCGCUCACCACCUCCCUCUCUGCAUACGCGCAGACGGUGCUUGCCCCAAACGCACGCCGCGUCUCAAGCGAAGAUGACAUGGACGAGCGCGAUUAAGUGCGCCCAUGCGUGUUUUUGAUGUGCAACAACGGCGCUCCGUACGCGCUCCGAUUGCCCGGUUUGGCCAACCGUUGGCCUGUUCUAAAAGUUCACAAAACACCGA